UUCUCUUCUCUUCUCUUCUUCAUCCUCCUGUCACUCUCUUUCUUUCUUUCUUUCUUUCUUUCUUCUUCAUCCUCCGAACUCUUACUGUAUUCCUCUUUACAUGCCGAAUCAUGGCUUCAGCUACUCCCCAUCCCAAUGUCCAGGUUGACGUCACCUGUGGCCCUCUCCUCAACUUCAAGAAUAUGGAUGUCACUCCCUCCUCCUCCAUCUGGUAUGGAAGCGUCUUGAUUGUCACUCUCCCUGGCCAGCCUCAACCGCGUCUUUGCUUGCGCCAGGCCGGUCCGGUCGCCAGCCCCCUCCCCACCAGCACGUCGUCGUCCACCACCCAGGGGGUAGUCAUUGACGGGUUACGCCUCUUCGAGGACCCCAAAAAGGCCUUCUGGCGCUUUUCCCUGACUCUCCCCCUGGAGAACUACGAAGCGCGAUGGGAAUACUCCAUCCCCGGACUUCGAUCCCCCGACGGCCCCCAGGUUCAUCCCCCCUGGGACUUUGUUGUCCCGUCGCGGUCGCAGUCCAUGCGCCUGAUGUUCCAUUCCUGCAAUGGCUUUUCCGUGGGGACAGAUAUGAACACCUGGGUCGGCCCCAACUUAUGGAACGAUGUCCUGCGCGUGCACGACCGGAAACCCUUCCAUGUCAUGAUCGGGGGUGGCGACCAGAUCUACAACGACGGCAUCCGCGUCGACGGCCCCUUGAAGGAGUGGACCUCCAUCGCCAACCCGCAUAAGAGACGCGCCCACGGAUUCGACAACGACCUGCGCGCCCGGUGCGACGAUUACUACUUUGCCAACUAUGUGCGAUGGUACACGACUCAACCCUUCCAGGCCGCCAACGGACGCAUCCCGCAGAUCAAUAUCUGGGACGACCAUGAUAUCAUCGACGGCUUUGGCUCCUAUACCGAUCAUUUCAUGAGGUGCUCGGUCUUCCGGGGCAUUGGCGGCGUUGCCUUUAAAUACUACUGCUUGUUCCAGCACCACAUUGCGCCCCCGAAAUCCACCUACACCACCGACGCGCCGCAGACCAUGCACGCCGUCAACGGCACGGCGGGAGCAGAUCCCCGCCAGUUGGCGGAUACCUUUGUGCUGGAGGAUCAGACGGAGGAUCGCAGCUGGAUUGUGGGCAAGCGCCCGGGCCCCUACGUCGAGGAAAAGAGUCGCAACAUCUACAUGCGUCUGGGGAAGCGCAUCGCAUUUAUCGGCGUCGAUGCCCGCACCGAGCGUACCCGCCAUCAGGUCAACUACCCGGACACUUACGAUCUCAUCUUUUCCCGACUGGAGCACGAGGUCGCCACCGCCCAUGGCGACAUCAAGCAUCUGGUGGUCCUCCUGGGGGUCCCCAUUGCUUACCCACGUCUGGCCUGGCUGGAGAACAUUCUGAGUUCGCCGAUUAUUGCGCCGAUUCGGCUGCUCAAUAAGCGCUUCGGCUUUGCCGGCGGCUUUUUCAACCAGUUCGACGGCCAGGUGGAUUUGCUCGACGACCUGGACGAUCAUUACACCGCGCGCCAGCACAAGCGGGAGCGCCGACUCUUUAUCCAGCGCCUCCAGGACUUUGCCAAAGCCCACUCCGUGCGGGUGACCAUUCUCGGCGGAGACGUGCACCUGGCGGCGAUCGGACGCUUCUACGCGAAUCCGAAGCUCGGCAUCCACAGCGAAAACGACCCCCGGUACAUUGUGAACGUGGUGAGUAGCGCCAUCACCAACAAGCCGCCUCCAAAGGCCGUGGCCAAUCUCCUGGCGCGUCGCAACAAGAUCCACCAUUUGGAUCCAGACACCGACGAGACCCUCAUGGACAUCUUCGACCAGCAGCCGGGUGGCGUCGAGAAGAGCGCUUCGUGGAACAAGGUGACCAUGCCGUCCCGGAACUACGCCUGCAUCACCGAGGUCGAGACUCCUCUGGCCAACGGAGACGCCGCCGCGCACACCGACCCCCUACCCAUUCCCAAGAACGGACACUCCCCUCUGCACAAGGGAGAGUCGACGGCGGGCUCGAGCCAUUCGGCCGCAGAUGGCUUUAGCAAUACCAGCGGCAUGUACGGCGGAUUAGACGUUGCCAUUCGCGUGGAAGUCAGCCCGCAGAACCGCGACGGAGCUGCCCAUGGAUACGGAUUCAGCAUCCCCCCUCUAUCUUACAUUCCCUCCGAAGCCGAUACACGCCGACAAUCGCGCUCGCGCUCCCUCCGGUCCCCGUCUCCACAAGAGUCUCGUCCCCAGCAAGUGCGUCCCCAGACGGCCGUCCAUUAGUGCUCGAGCGGCCAAGUUGUACUGCGCUGUGCUAUGUUGUUGUGUUGUGUUGUAAUGUAAUGUAAUGUAAUGUAAUCUAUUUGAUAUCCAUAUUCC